AUGAAGAAUCAGCAAGAAACUUCAGAGUCAUUAGCUGAUACUACUGGAAAUAUAAAUAAUGACGAUAAUGAAGAGACCGAAUGUACAACUGAUAGAAUUGUUUAUCAGUUAUCUAAUCGUAAGUAUAUCGAACAAGGAUGGACUGCAGUGAAUCAUGUACAACAUAUUGACAAUGAUAAUAAUAAUGACGACUCGUUAUUAGUUAAUGAAGACAAAUCAAUGCAUAUCAACUCAGAUGAAGUAAAACAUGAGUCGAUUGAAAUACAACUUGAUUUUAUACAACAUACGUAUUCGAAUGGUGAAGUAUUUUUACGAAAAUAUAACGACAAUACAGGAGUCAUAUUUUAUCCAACUGGUAAUCCAGCAAUAUUGUUUCUACCUAGCGAAAUGAACACUAAUAAUAAUGAACCAGUUGGUCUACUAUUCAUUGUACAUGAUCUAUUACAUUUGAAUAUGACAAAAGUUCGAAAAGAAGAUACAAAAAUAAAUCGUAAACAAAAGUCUAAUUCUUUUAAAGUGUUAAAUAAUAAUACCAGUAAAAUGAAUAAAUUGAUCAAUGUCGAUGUACAAUCAACUGUUGGCAGAUUAAUCGGUGUGUUCGAUAGCAAUAUACAUGGGGUAGUUUAUGACAAGGAAAACAAUAUACGAUUACAGUAUAAUCAUAACGAAGGUGUCUAUUUCAAACAACUUUUGGAUAGAUACACAAGGAUAUGGAAAUGGUCUGGAGAAAAACAUGUGCAUGCACCACCUUUUCAACCAAUAUCAAUAAAAUUAAAUGAUAUUAUAACAUUGAAAAUUUAUCGAUUUAAUAAAAUCCAUCUACACUUCCAAACAAUGAAAAUUAUUUGCAAAUUAGAUCUCACAAGUAAACAGUUGAAAUUACAAUGGAUAAACACAGAACAGUAUAAGGAACCAAAAUAA